CGUCUAAACGACUGAAUAAAUUUCAACGAAAUUUACUUUACGAUAUAAGCUUGUAGAAGUGACUGGUUGUUGUGGUAACCGUAUUCCAAACACGUAAAUUUACAGUAAACUACUUUCAUUAAACUGAAGUACAAUUAAGACAUGCAACCAUUAAAAGUAAUAGUUGUAGGACCUGUUAGGAGCGGUAAAACGUCAAUAUCGAAUUUUCUUGCCGAUGCUACAGAGAUACCUUAUGAUUACCACCCAACACAGGGUGUUAGAAUAUUAGAAUUUGAAAUAGAAAAUAUAAACGUAAAUAAUAAACGUGUCACGCAAGAUAUCGAAUUGUGGGACUGUAGCGGAGAUCACAAAUUUGAAAAUUGUUGGCCAGCUAUAAGGAAAAAUUUACAUGGUGUUAUAUUCGUGUACAGUGAAAGAUCAAAUGAAUGUUUGAAAGAACUUCAACAAUUGUAUGAUUAUUUUAUUAAUCAAACACAAGUAGGCCCGGACCGAUGUGUAAUAUUUUGUUACGAUCCUGAAAAAAAAAAUCUUGAAAUAUCAAAAAUUAUUUCUUCAACGUUUGCAAAAGUGUCUCACGUGAAGUGCAAUGUAGAAAGCGGUGGAAAUAAACUUAAAUCUGAUUUUUCUUCCUUCGUAAAUACAAUAGUUACUAAAAUGCAUAACUACACAGAUCCACAAGAUAAAAAUAUUUUAAGUGAUAAUGUAUUGUUUGUGAAAUAA